CCCACAGACUUUAUUCCCACAAACUCCAUUUAAGAACCAACAGGGACUCUCCAGUCACCAGUUCCCCUCCUCUUGUGCCAUGGGAUAUUUAGUUGAAUUGGGGUGGUUUAUUCUCCUGGUGGCAGUUGUAAACAUUGAGGCUCAAAAGCAGCCCUUAAAUAUCCAAUCCAGAUGCCUGGGGAACGUCCUGCGUGUGGACAUCAGUCGACUUGGAGGAUUUAUUCUUGAAGUGUCUGCCGUCAAAAAUCACUCUGCAGUCCUCCUCACACCAACUUUAGCUUCUCAAUGUGGCUUCAGGAUGCAGAUAGACCAGCUGGGCAACGCCAAGAUCUAUGCCUCCAUUCAAAACUGCUUUGCUCAAAAUGUGGGCGAUCAAGCAUUCACAACAACAUUAAACCUUCACCUGCGUGGUAACGGGAUGUUUGAAGACGAGCUGUACCAAGUGGCUGAAACCUGCCACUACAGCGCCUGGGCCUCCAGGGAGAUUCUGUGUGAACGCGACUAUAUGCAGGUGUCUGUGCAAAGGGCGGCUCCAGGUGACCCGCGACGAGACGCGAAGAAACAGCCGAUAGACUCAGGAUUCAGAAUCACAGCCAUCGUGUUCUUCACUCCCGAGGAGAGGCUGAUGAAGACGAGGGAGGCCAUCAGCAGAGGUUACGGGGUCGCCAACACCCCGACCAGGCUCGUCCUCAGAAGCCCCAAGACCUCCCCUGAAACAUUCACCCAGGACGUAGCAGGUAUCCCCAUGACUGUUCUCAGAACUUCAACACAGUUUCAGAAGAACUGGAUGGAGACUCACGUAGAGGCACAAGCUGCCUGCCCAAUACUGCAAGGAAGUGUUUCCUUCACGCCGCGCUCCAUCAGCUGGUUCCUGCCGAGGCACCUGGGCGCUCUGAUCUCCUCCGGUCCGGUCCAGCUGCUGGAGGUGCACAUGGGCGUCGACGGCGAGAGGCUGGACGGCGCCAAGAUGGCCGCCAGGCAGUACUCGCUGUCUGUCAACGACGUGCACAUCAUCCUUGAGAUUCCUGUCGGGGCUGUCGGCGGACACUUUAAGAGUCACGUUCAGGGCGGUCAGUACUUCACUACCUACAGCAUCGAGCCGAUGCUGGAGCUGCUCUGGACAGAAGGAACUUCUCACCAGGACACCAAGUACAAAGUCCUGCUCCCCUUCACCUCCCCGCUGAUCCCUCACACUCCUCAGGUUAUAGACAACAGUGUUCCCGGGGAGCGGGUGUUUAAGGUGGCGGUUGGUCCCUUCAGCUCUGAUGUGGCUCUGAUGAACAUCACCGUCCCCUCGGGGGUUUUGUCCUUGGCGGACCUGGCUGCCAAAGGCCUGAACCUCCUGGAGCACCCGUCCCCCAACAGCAGCUCCAAGGUCUUCACACUGGACGUGCCCUUCAGGGACCAGCUCGUGCUCCAGAUGAAAGGAACGGCGGUUACGGUCUACAAUCUCCAGCUGACCUUUGGCCUCCUGGUGCUGCCGGAGUUUGCCCCGUUUUCUCACUCUGUUAAUCUGCAGGCCCAAGUCACGGACAUAGUGAAUCCCUCCGUCUCUGGUGGCUGUGAUCAUCAGAACUUCCAGGUCCUGGUGACGUACGGGAGCCACGGCUUUGACACCGUGGUGGGCGGGCAGCUGCUGACGGCGGAGCUGGCUCAGCAGUUCGGCUUCAUCAACAACGGGACACACGGCGCCUUCACCGUCCCGCUCAGCUCCCCCAACGCCGUGGUCGAGGCUGUGGAGUCGUCGUCCAUCAGGAGCAGACUCCACGUGGCUCUGAGGAAUCCACAAACCAACAAAAAUAUCAAAGAAUUCUCCAUGGCUUGCAAUUUCCUCUCAUCAAUGAUUGAGUGUUUCCCUAACGGGACCAUGACGGCUCUGGCUACCAAAGUGGAGUCUGUUCCCAGUCUGAACAUGAGUCAGCUGACCCUCAGAGACCCCGCCUGUGGCCCCGCCUACAGCAAUGGCCGCUACGCCUAUUUUGUCUUCACUGUAAACUCCUGUGGGACGACCAGAAAUUUUCGGCACAAUAUGAUGAUGUAUGAAAAUGAAAUCUCCCUGCCGGAUGAACUCUCAGGGAAAAGAGAUUCAAAGACGGAGGAGGUGGAGUAUGAUUUAAAGGUUUUCUGUUAUUACGACAUCAACACAAACAGCGCUAUGGCGUUCCACCCCAGAGCUCGCAGGAGCGAACCAAACGCUGAAGACUCCAGAGAGCUGCAGGCUGAGAUCAGACUGGCUGCUGGUCUAAAACGUGCCGUUUCAGAUGGCGACAGUGUCUUACCCGUGUCUUCAGGACCCAUACUUAUUAAAAAAUCCUAAUAAAACUUUUCACAAGAUCCCA